UCUACAAAUGUGUGCAUACAUAUUAUAAUCAAGUUGUUCUGCAGUAAUCAAUUUUAUUAUUACCUUAAUCAGUAGCAACUUGGUGUUAUAUGCCACCACUGUAUAUAAAUAUACUAUUACUUUUUGUCUUGGAAGUAAAAGAUAGUUGAUCAAUGUGGAUAGUUGAUGGGUGUGAGAGAGAAAUAUAGCUUGAGAGAUGAUGGCAGGAAACCCUAACUGGUGGAGCUUAAAUGAAUCUUCUUCUGCGGCUGAUGAUGAUCAUCUUCAUAACCAUGGCUACCCCGUACCAUGGACCCAACUGCUUGUGGGAAGACUGGCAACUGAGCAAGAAGAAAGGUUGAGUAGUACUAGCUGUGAUAGUGAUCUUGAUAAUAGGAGGAAGCAGCUGGAUCAAAAGAGCAGCAUCAGUGACGAUGCUCAAAUAACAUCAUCGUAUGGUCGUAAUUAUAGUAGCAGGGUUGCUUUUGAUAAUGAUCAUGUAAAGCAAGAGAUGAAGGAACAAAGUAUCAACCAACAAGAAGAACUGUAUAGUACUAGUGAUGAAACAAAUCACAAAGAUCAUGAUCAUCCUUGGUCUUCUUGUUUUACCGGAGGAAGUAACCAUAUUAAUUACUUGGAUUUCUCAAGGGAUCGAAAAAGGAAUCAACACCAAGUGCUUGAUCAGUAUGCAUCUCUCCAGCAGUGUAAUGACACUGUAGUGCCGAGUGGAACAUCAAAGAAAGCUAGGGUUCAACCCUCUUCAACCCAACAACCAGCUUUAAAGGUGAGAAAGGAGAAGUUGGGAGAUAGAAUUACCGCACUACACCAAUUAGUUUCCCCAUUUGGAAAGACCGACACUGCCUCGGUGUUGUUAGAAGCAAUGGGGUACAUUAGAUUUCUUGAAGCUCAAGUCCAGGCACUUAGCUCUGCUUACUUGGGCAAUGCAUCAACAGGAAGCAUGAGAAUCCCACAGUCUGUAAAUGAUGAAUUAACAACAGUGAAAGACCUGAGGAGUAUAGGACUGAGCUUGGUUCCUGUGGAUUAUGCCCUUCAUAUCAACAAUACUAUUGGAAUAGACAACAACAAUAUCAACAAUGGAGCCGAUUACUGGGCUUCUUCAUCAUUAUAAUCCAGAUCCUUCAUCAUGUACAAUUCUUUAUCGAAAAUUUUUAGAACUUUGUGAAAACUCUUAGUUUUGUAUGAAAGAUUUUUGUGUUGAUAAUUUUAUUAUUAUUUUCAAAUGUAACUAAAUGCAUGGUUUA